UGGAGUCUGGAAACUCGGGAAUGUUUGGUUUUCUAGCUUUUGUUCGAGUACUCGUAUCUUCGAUUCAGGACUUAUUUUACCAUUGUUGAUAGUGAAAUUGGAAGGUGAAGUUAGAUGUGAAUUACGCGGUACCCACUACACUACCCAGUAUCGUGUGCUGUUCGCUUAAAGUUGAACCCUAAAUUUGGAAGAUGAAACGAAGCUUUAUCUAUGUGUCACUGUGAUCUGCGGAGUCCUUCUGGUUUUUGGCUUUGGAUAAUUGAAUCCUCUGCAGUUUUCUUUUGGACUGGGAGUUUCCGCGUUUUCUGCUUCUCCUCCCAUUUGAGAAAGGUUUUAUCCGGACCCCUCACUAAUAAUGCCAUCUAUUAUUCAUUUUCAACCAUUUAACGGUGUGCAUCAGUUCACACCGUUUGCCUACCUUCUGGAGAUUGACGGAUUUAACAUUCUUCUGGACUGCGGCUGGGACGAGCGUUUUGAUCUCAAAUACGUCGAGGAGCUUGCAAAAAUCGCUCCGCGUUUGGACUGCGUGCUGCUUACAUCUCCUGAUUUGUACCAUGUGGGUGCUCUGCCCUACCUUGUUGGACGUAUGGGAUUGGAGUGUCCCGUGUACGCCACCAGUCCGGUGUACAAAAUGGGCCAAAUGUUCAUGUACGACUUGUACCAGUCGAGACAUGAUUACGAAGAUUUCGAUCUCUUUACACUGGAUCACAUCGACGCGGCUUUUGAUCGAAUCAUUCAAGUGAAAUACAACCAGACAGUUGCCUUGAAAGGGAAAGGAGAAGGAAUUCGACUAACAGCCUUAUGUGCGGGUCACAUGCUCGGAGCAUGUUUGUGGAAAAUUGGCAAGGACGAAGAAGAAAUUGUUUACGCUGUUGAUUUUGCACACAAGAAAGAAAGGCAUCUCAGCGCCUUGUCUCUGGACUCCAUAAAUCGCCCUCAUUUAUUGAUCUGUGAUAUUCUGAACGGUGCUUAUAAUCCACCAAAACGGCGAACAAGGGAUGAAGAAUUGAUGACCACCAUCCUGCAGACACUGCGCCAGGAAGGUGAUGUUUUGAUCUGCAUUGAUACGGCGGGGCGGGUCUUGGAGCUGGCGUACAUGUUGGACCAGCUAUGGCAGAAUAAAGAGUCAGGAUUGAACAAUUUCGGUGUUUGUAUAUUGAAUAAUGUCGCCUACAACGCCAUCGAAUUUGCCAAAUCCCAAGUAGAAUGGAUGAGUGAUAAACUAGUACGGGGCUUUGAGGACAACCGGCAAAAUCCGUUUGCGUUCACCAACGUUCAGCUCUGCCACAGUCAAAGUGAACUGAAGAAGGUGAAAAGUCCGAAGGUUGUUGUUGCAUCGCCUCCGGAUCUUGAAUGUGGCUUCUCAAGAAAUCUUUUUAUGGACUAUGCCCGCCAUGCCAAGAACACCAUUGUGUUCACUUAUCGGACAACCGUGGGAACGCUGGCCCACUUUCUUAUUCAGAAUCCUCGUGUGCCGGUCUUGACGAUUGAUCAGCGCCGACGUGUGCCUCUGGAGGGAACAGAAUUGAAAGAAUACAUGGACAAAAAGCGAGAGGAACAGUUGGCCAAAGCCCUUCGCGAUCAGGAAGCCAAAGAAGAGGCUGAACUAAAAGCAUCGGAUAUGGAGGCUGAUCUCGAUAUGCCCAUGCCGGAGAAGGGUGCGGUGACUAUUCAGCAGUCGGAUCUAUAUAUUCGACCAUGCGGGAAAAUGCCGUUCCAUUUGCUUAAACGGGGCCCUAAACCUAAUGCUAUGUACCGGUUUGAACGGGAUCAAAAUACCAAAGAUGAAUUCGGGGUUUCCGUCGAUGUCGAGACCAUGCGCAACAGAUUGAAGGAAAUCAACAAAGGCGUUGAGGUUGAACCGUCACCAAAGGAUGGUGCCAGCAAAACCCGCCCAGACGACAAAAUGGACGAUGAUUCGGAAGAAAUUGCCGACGAAGUGCCGACAAAAACCAUAUCCACACCUGUUACCGUAGAGAUCAAAGCUACCCUGAAGUUUAUUGAUUUUGAGGGCCGUGUGGAUGCCGAUUCGUUGCAGAAGAUUUUGACCUUUAUUAAUCCGAAACGUCUGAUUAUGGUACAUGGUUCGCCACAGACCGCCGAGGUGGUGGCAAACUUUAUGACCAGUCAUUGCCAGAUGAAUACGGAACAUAUUUUCUAUCCAGAUCUCCUAAAAACUGUUGAUUGUUCAUCGGAAACGCAUAUAUAUCGCGCUAAGCUAAGUGACGCUUUCCUUCGUAAUGUGCAAUGGAAACCUGUAAAGGGAGGCCAGAUGGCCCUGGUUCAUUGUAAAGCGUGGUAUCGCGAGCCUGUCGCGGAUAAGGAAGAGAUGGCGUCGGAAUUCGAUAUACCGAUGGCUGCGGCCCAUGAUCCCAACGUUCCGACUCUGGAGCCUACACAGUCAAAGAAAUUUGCCCCUGCCAGUGCGCCUUUAGUGAUAAAUAAUUAUAAGUUGUCCGACAUCCAAAAGUUUCUUCGACAGCAUGGAAUUUAUAGCGAUUUUCUAACUGGCUCACUAGUGUGUAGCCGCUGCGUGGUUAUCAGCAAGACGCAGUCCGGGAAACUUACUGUGCAGGGCCCAUUUUCUGUGGAAUAUUACCGGAUAAGAAAACUUUUGUACAAACAAUUUUGUGUGUUUUAAAACAACAUUGUAUUUCACAUUCGGAUUGGGCGGCUUUUGUGUUUUAUUCGAGGCUUAGUCAAUGAAAUGUAGUAUUUCGAGAUCAUGUACUUCAUAACAAUCACAAUAAUUUAUCAAGCGUUUGACUAUGUUGGUCAGAUUGUGAAAGCAUUAAACUCUGCGGAACCAGAAUAGCUUCUCGAUGUUCCUGAGCGGCAUUUCCACGAAGAGCGCCGCGAUAAAGGCCACAAGAUACACGGAUACCACCUGAGACCAGAAGAUCGUAACCACCUGGUACCAAGUGUAGCCCAGCAUCGUGCGUAGGCUUGUGUAGUACAUCUGGAGAAUCAGAAAGUGCACGAGGAACGCGGCAUAGGUCAGGCGACCGAGAACGGUCCAUAUCCGCAGCGACAGGAAACUGCGCACCACCAUUCCAUAGUCG